CCUAUAGUCUUCAUCGCAAAAGAUAUAAAAAAAAACCUUAAGAAAGCUUCUUUUCACUUUCUGCAAUGGCUUCCUCUAAAGCUUGUUAUAAACUCAUAACCAUUACAGUUCUCCUUCUAUCCUUCACAUUUACCUCUCUUGCCGGUAACGCUGAAAACGCAGAUGUUAGUGAAUGCAAAGCUGAAUCUGGAGAUCCAUUAUGUCACAACAACAAAGAAGCGAAAAAGCUUAAAAUCAUAGCAAUCCCAUCUAUCUUAGUGGCGAGCAUGAUCGGCGUUAGCUUACCGUUGUUAACUCGUUCCAUUCCUGCUUUAGGACCCGACCGAGAUAUGUUUGUGCUCGUUAAGUGUUUAGCUUCGGGUGUAAUUUUGGCAACCGGUUUCAUGCAUGUGUUACCGGACUCUUACGAUGAUCUCACGUCCAAAUGUUUGCCUGAAGAGCCCUGGAGGAAGUUUCCUUUCACCACUUUUAUCGCGAUGGUCUCGGCUUUGCUCGUUUUAAUGAUUGAUUCGUUUGCGAUGAGUGCGUAUGCGAGGAGAGAUAGUAAGCGUGAAGGAGAAGUCGUACCGUUAGAAAAUGGAUCUAAUUCUGUGGAUACACAAGAUGAGAUCCAAACCCUAGAAAAUGGAUCUAAUUAUGUGGAGAAACAAGAAAAGGUCAACGAUAAUAAGACAAGUCAACUUCUUAGGAAUAAAGUCAUUGCUCAGAUAUUGGAACUAGGUAUCGUAGUUCACUCGGUUGUUAUCGGACUUGCUAUGGGGGCUUCAGAUAACAAAUGUACCAUACAAUCACUUAUCGCAGCGCUUUGUUUCCAUCAACUCUUUGAAGGAAUGGGACUCGGUGGUUCCAUUUUACAAGCGCAAUUUAAAAGCAAAACGAAUUGGAUAAUGGUGUUUUUCUUUUCGGUCACAACACCAUUUGGGAUUGUUUUAGGGAUGGCCAUACAAAAGAUAUAUGAUGAGACAAGUCCGACCGCGUUGAUAGUGGUGGGGGUCUUGAAUGCGUGCUCUGCAGGAUUAUUGAUUUAUAUGGCAGUUGUUAAUCUCUUGGCUCAUGAAUUCUUCGGACCAAAGAUACAAGGGAACAUGAAGCUUCAUAUCCUCGGUUAUGUUGCUGUCUUUAUAGGUGCUGGAGCAAUGACUUUGAUGGCCAAGUGGGCAUAGAAGUCUUGAGUUAGACUCAUCUUUUACUUCUAUCAUUCACUUUGAUUUUCGAUCAUUGGUAGAAUAAAAUCUUGUAUUGUUUAGUUUUGCACAAUUGCUUUUAUUUGUGGAAUGAAGUUUGAAUUUUGCA